GAAGGCUGGCCUGACUGGGUGAACAUCCCGUCGAAGGUCGGCCAGGUUGCCGCAGUGAAAGUGGCAGCAGCCGCCUUCAGCCACCUUUUCGUCGGAGCCUGCUGCCCCGGGCUUGUAGAUACCGCGGCGUCCCGGCCGUGGUUCAAAGACAUGUCCAAUGCACAGAGUCCGGCCGAAGCCUCCACGGAUGUGGUGUGGCUCGCCAAGGAAGGCACGGCGGACCUGCGCGGAGAGUUGGUCCAGAAGCGGAAGAUCAUCCCAUGGACGUA